AUGGCCACCACUUCAACACCCUCAAACGCGGACGCAUUCCUCUCCGCCGUCGAGGCCAGGCGCUCGCUGUACAAACUGACAAACAAGAGCCCCAUCUCAGACGACCGGAUCCACGAGAUCGUCGCCACCGCGAUCAAGCACGUCCCGAGCACGUUCAACGUGCAGUCGGCGCGGGCGGUCAUCCUGCUGCGCGAACAGCACGAGAAGCUGUGGGACAUCGGCGAGCGGGUGCUCCGUGAGGAGAUGCCGCCGGCAGUGUAUGCGUCGUUGGCGCCGAAGGUCGCGGGGCUUCGGGCGGCGUAUGGAACGGUCCUAUGGUUCGAAGAUGAGGCUAGCCUCGAUGCGCUGAAGCAGAAGAAUCCUGCGAUUCAGUCCCUUGUUAGAGAGUGGUCGGACCACUCAAGCGGAAUGCAUCAGUUUGUCGUACGGAUCUCACACCUUGGGUGUACAGUAUGGACGGCCCUAGAACGCGAAGGCCUAGGCUGCAACCUCCAACACUACAACUUUAGCGAGACGUUCCGAAAGGACGUCCUUGAGACGUGGAACCUUCCUCAGACGUGGAAUCUGCGCGCGCAGCUCGUCUUUGGCCAACCGAGCGCCACCUCUGCGGAUGGCGGCUUACCGGAGCGGGAGAAGGAGAAGAGCUUUAAGCCGAUUGAGGGGGAGAGGUUGCUUCGAUAUGAUACACAUAGUCAGAUGAUAGGAUUAUGUCAAUGUGAAUUGAAUAUGUAUGUACUGUACAGAGAAAGGACUCAUGAGUUCAACAUGGGUAUGUUGCAUUAUCAAUUGAAGUACAGUGUAGAACGAUGA